CGAGUGUGUCGGUGGCCGUUUGGCAUUGAAUUUGCUUAAAAAAACGAGGAGAGUUGCAGACUUAGCGACUAGAUGACUGAACGAGGGUUAUGCUUGAGACAUGCUGAGUACUAACGAGGGGCAGCACGUGCAGGUGUUGCUUGAUCACCAUCAACGCGCGACGAGUUUUGAGAGCUGCACUUUUUUAUCUCAUACGGAUUACGUUGCUCUUUUUUUUUCGUUGACAAGGAAUGAAACAGUUUCUGUUACCGGGUGGACUGUCGGGUGAUUGGCGCGAUGAGGACUGUUUGUUCUGCGUUUUGUUCUGUUUCUGAGCGGAUGAACAUAUUUUUUCUAUUGCUCUUGUGUAACUUGUUAGAAACGAGGGAACAUUGUUUAAUGCAUGCUCAUAGCUGUUUGUUAUCGCUAGACGCGGUAUUUUUUCCCAUGAUGAGUGUCACUGUCAUGACACCCGAGUUGAAAAAGCCUCCAUUUCAAUGUAUCACCACAGGGACAGCGAUUCAGAGAAAAAGAAGAGAAGGGGGGUUCCUCUUAUAGAACAAACGUUGCAGCCUCAGCCUUGUUAUCUACAUAUUCAACUACAUAAUAUAGCCUGAGAGCAGUUGACAAUAAUUGUAGGGGUGAACAAGCAUAGCAUCAGUUAGUUGUCUGCCACAUCAUUGGAUUCUCGCAAUUGCUCUAUGCAUAGUAAUCUGAUCAUCCAACGACAGAGUUGUUAACCACCACCAACUCUUGGUUGUAUUUAUGUAGUAAUUUUAUGGAUGAUACUAGAUAGAGAAGGGACAGAAAAAUAGACGAUACAGAGGUGUUGUAGCGAAAAACGAAGUCCCUUUCAAAAAUUCCAAAAGCUACUAAUAGUUUGUUCAAAAGCGUUUUAGAUUUUGAACAACGUACUUGUUAAAUAAUUUUCUCCAUAAGAGUGAGUAUUCUUAAUCUCCAUAAAAAGACGAGUCUUGAUCAUUUUGAUAGGUUUUUGUUUUGAGUGAUUUCACAUCGUCUUUUCCUUACCACACUUUCUUCGAGGACGAUCGGCUCUCUUUGAGCAAACGAAGCAAGUCGUGAGGAGGAUUUGUUGCAUAGCAUUUGUUGCAUACCCACGAUAAAGAUAAUCCAUGAAUGAAGAUUGAAGAAGUAUUCUUUCGCGCGGUUACUAGAAAUUGAAUUUGUAAGUUCAGGUUUUUUUUUGAUUCUUGACUAGUUUCUUGUGUACUAGAAGAUUCUUAAGUAACUUCAUGCCCGUGAAUUCGUCGCAAGCAACAGCCUAGCACUUUUGGUUCAGUCAAUCGGCUCUUUGACUACCUGCACAGAGCGGACUGUCCUACUAAAUUUGUGAGGUGGUCGUGAAGUCAAUACAACAUGGAGUGAUUGUGAUCGGAAACUUAUCUUCUUUGACCUCAUCAUAUUGUCAAACGUCAAUAUCCAGCAUAUUCAAUUACAAAAAGAGUAGUCGGAACAUAUUUUUCAUAAUUGUGGCAAAGAAAUUAGUUGCGUCGAAGACAGGUCAAAAAGCUCAUGUGAAGGUAAGAGGCUUCUAGCGUCGUAGAAUUUCUCACUGUUAGAAAAAGAAGAUAGUUUAAUGAAAAGUUCUAUACCCACCUCAAUAUUUUUUUUUGUGAAAAAGCAAGAUCGAUCGCGGGUCGGUUUUCAUAGUCCAUAUUCUUUCGUGAAACUUAGCAUAACAAACUGUCUGUGUGAUAAAUAACGCAUCCAUUUUUCCUGUUUGAUAUUGAGUCUAACAACUGCUAACCCUAACUACUAGCUAGGUUACAUGGAAAAAAGGAAUUAAUCUUCCUUAAAUAAUAAAAGAUAAAGAAAUACAUGGUUUCCUCGAGGGCCACCCCAAAUUGGGUCAAAAUUGUCGUUGUCUGAAGUUGCUUGCAAAUCGUGAUUCUGGUAGUUGGUGGGCUUCGUGAGGGACGUGCCGUGUGCCCCGAUCCCGCCCCCUGUGCGUGAGGAGGCGAAGCACGUGGAACGACCAGAGCAGCUUUCCCAGGGAGAACCGUAGAGUCUCUAGUAAGAGAAGCCGGUAGAAGAAAGGAAGGAUAAACUCCUAAAACCACGCCGAACAAACCUCCAAGGCAAGAUGUUACAGCAUCAAGGGCUCGGCGUGUACGCCACGGUUCAUGGCGAACCGCGCUACGGUCCCGGUGAAUACAGCAGCUACACCUAUGACGAUUUGUCGAUGAAUGGCAAUCAUGGGAGCCACGGUAGUUCUGAAGACGCGCUCUCGAAGCUGGGGGUCUCGAGCACUUCCUCCGAUGAUCUGGGACAAUUCCGCAACCGCAAGCAGGGACGCAAAAAUAAGAACAACAGCAAGGCUAAUAUUCUUGCGUCGAAUAACAAUAAUAUGGUGAUGAAAAACACCAACAACAACAACAAGCCCUUGUUCUCGCAAGUCGCUGAAAAUGCGCGUGCCGUUGGUGGUACUCCUCCGCCCAAAUUGCAGCAGAAGUACAUGGACCAGCGAAUGAACAACAAAUCCAACCUGUACAUGGCCACGCCGUCGACGGCUGCCCCGAGUACGGCCGCGCCCUCCUUAAUGGGCUCCCCAGCCGUGCGGUCCCUGUUGCCCAGUCGGCAAGCUACGGCCGCCGCGGGUCCGACUGACGCCUUGUUCCGUGUCACGCUAGAAGGCAUUGAUUGGUCGCAACGCGGAAUUCCUACGGUACACUUUUUCUAAUUGAUAGCCCCCUUGUGCGGAGGACGACUACUUCCUCAGAUCAUUAAUAUUGUGGCUCUGAUGGUCAUGGUCGUGAUAUUAUAGGUUUCAAGCCUGAUCGAGUUUGUCAGAUCAAUGCUUGUUGUAAGUAUACGCAUAUGUCAGACAAACUCCUGGCCCUGUAUCCCUCGUAGGUGAUCGAUCGAGCCGGCUUUGGAUUGUCGAAGCGCAAGGCGGGAACUGAAGUCAAAGUCGACUGGUCGGCGGCAGGAAUGCCGUCUAUCUUCAAUGUCGGUAAGAAGUCGAAUAAGACGCGAGGCGUGCCUACCCGAGAUCUGAUCAUGUUGGAUUGGAGUCGAAAAGGAAUGCCGGUAUAGUUUCGUAGAUGGCAUGAAAGAACUUUUCUGUAUUGACAAGUUCGAAAAGUUGAUGACAGAAAUAUCAUUUUUGGUUGGCCUAUUUUUUUCUUCUGUCCUUUUCUGUAAAAAUGCUUUUUCUCUUCCACACCUGUAAUUCAGACAUAUGAAUUUUGGUCCCCUCAUUAGGAUAUACCAUGACUACAACUUUUUCACCAGAUAAAGUUGUCGUACUGGGAUCAUGGAAUGUUGCUGGAUUGGAGUGAUGCGGGGAUGCCGAUGCCUCAUCAUGCCUUCGUGAAGAACAUGGUUAUUCGUAUGAAGCUGAAGACCUACCCUGCGAAGGAGUAUGAAGCGAAGCCUUUGGAUUGGUCGGCACCGGGGUUACCGCGCUUGCUCACCGCAACUGGCUACAGGGGAGGGCCGCUCUUCUCUUCGGCUUCGAUGGGCAAGAAUGCGAGCUCCGGCAGUCAGGAUGUGAUUGUGAACUGCGACUGGACCGAGACGGGCUUGCCCGGUGCCUGGGCAACAGUGGGUGCCAAGCCGAGCCGUCAAGCGGAUUCGGUGCGCCAACGCUUGCGUGGAGGAGUGUUGGGCCCUGCGGCACCGAUUGGGAACCGCGCGGCGGAGGCUUCGUGGUACAAGGGCUUCGUGGACCAAGAACGAAAUGUGAAAGGCAAGAAAGCGAAAACGAAACGAAAAGAACAAGAUCAAGAUGCUAAGACUAAGCGUUCUUCCGCACAUCAAAUUCAAACACCGCCAGGAACAAAAAAGCGGACGACGAGGAGCUUCAACUCGUUUUUGUGGGCACGAAAAGACCUGGUUUCAAUGUGCUUCGCGGCUCCGAAUCUGACGGAGGCGAGACCAGGGGAUUUCGUGCAGCGUGGCAACAAGAUUUUCACGGUUCUGAAUGAAAAGGACAAUUCAGAAGCUCCUGAGCCGUUACAGCUGGACUGGUCGUCUUCCGGACUUCCCAGUACCUUGAAAGCGUCUUUGUUCGACCGCGAGUUGGUCUUCGAUUGGGCAUCUUCCGGGUUGCCAUCGCAGUUUGGGCGCGAGACCAAGCGCGAUCCGUUUGCGGAGAAUUUGGGCGUCUUGGAGCUCGAUUGGUCUGCGUCCGGCACGCCUGCGCAGGUGCGCGCGCUGACUUCUGCGCGAAAAGAGAGGGAAAAGCAGAACGAGUUCGCAGCGGUGGACUGGAGCGGUGCGGGGGUACCGUUGGGUCGCAGGAAACUGGCCGCGGCCGACGAUUUGGGCCUGGACUGGAGUCGCAGAGGCAUCCCCGCGGAGAUCCGCAAUGCGCCGUGGAGUUUGAAGUACGGACGCAACUUCAUUGCCAGCCCGAAGGCGGGCGCGCUCAAGGUAAUCACGCUCUUCGAAAACGGCUUCGAAGACGACGACUUGGCGGUCCCGGACACGGUGCAAAUCAACUCAGCGAUGUACGCUAUGAACAGCAUGGCAUCGACGACUUGCUCUUCCCCUGCAAACGGUUCGGCUUCCCCGGCGCCGACUGCAAGCACCGCAAUCGAGGACGUGAUCCUCCUGCGCAAAGAUGGCCGUCUGCCUUUUGAAGUGUCGGCUGGAAAAGACUACACGGUGCAGGUCUACGACAAGCACUUUGGGGCGCCCAAAGCGGCGACGCCCAGUGCAGACGCGCUUCUGAAAGAGUGCCACGCGAUGCUUCGCAACCUGCAUAUCUCGCGUCGCAACAAGCACGAAAUGCAGCGCAAGAUGAGCUACGAACGGAAGCGCUCUCACGAAACACCGAUGAAGACUGGUGCUGCUCUUCGAGGAGAUGUUGAUGUCAAAGUUGGCAAUCUGCUGGAAAGCGACGCUUCUGGGAAUUCGGGUGUUGCGUCCACGACCGCGAGCAAGAAAGUUGGGGGACCGCGGUUGAGUCCUGCCGAAAAGGAAGAGGUUUUCUGGAGUCGGCAACUGGACUGGUCCGGUGCCGGUCUGCCUGCACACAUCGAUCGGGCGAGCAAGGAGCAGAAUCGUGCUCGCCUCGUAGUCGAGGGUGCCUGGAAAAACGAGUGCAGUCAAUCCGCUUCCAAAGACGAGCAGUACCAGCAAAAACUGACGAGCAACUUCUCAAAAAAUGCGGCCAUUCGCGCGCCGUGGACCGGUUUCGAUUGCCUGCAAAUCGACUGGGCCAAUUGCGGCACGAAAAAGAUGCCCGCCUGCUUCCGCGGCUUUGCCACGUGGAUGCACAUGGAUGGACGGCGACAAGUCUUUGAUGAGCUUGCUCUGGACUGGUCUUCGUGCACCGGCCAGCCUCGUCGAGACCUCUUCGAACCUCUGAUGGCGAGCAGCAAAAAGAAUGAUGCCGAUUUGAAGCUCUUCCACGGUGCCUUGUUAUGCGACUGGAGCCGCGCUGGGUUGCCCCUCGGCUAUUUGGCUGGCAUGACCUCCGACAAGCACGUGUGGCGCGAACACUUGACAAGCACGUCUGGAAGAUUAGGACCGCAGACGAAGCGCGCGUCGCAGUUGGUGUUCGAGCGUUUUGUUGCCGUGAAACGCGCCAAACGCGCCGGCGGCUGGCCGACGCAGCUGGCGGUGGACUGGUCCGAAGUGCGCUUGCCGGGUGUCGAGGUCCCGGUUACGGCCGCGUGCGAGCACCAUGUUUCCAGCAGUAAGCGCGUCGUGCUACCGCAUUGCUUUGAGGAGAAGUACGAGGAACCUACGGCGCUCGACUUUUCUCAGAAGGGCGCGCCUCCGCUGCAGAGCUCUGUUUGGGACGACCUCUCGAUGGAUUGGACGCAAGUAGGGGGGUUUGACACCAUGUCCGUUACGUUUGCAGUGGAUCGAACCUGCGAUGCCUCUGCAUCGCGCUUCAACCUGCGAAAAAACCGCGACUUCGUUACGCGGAGGGAAUUCACGACGAUUGACACGUACGUGUGGGAAAACGGAGAGCUCACUGCGGGAAAACGUAAAAGAGUUGCAAUUCCAUCCUCGACCUCCAGCAAGACGCAACGAGAACAAUUACAUGCUUCUGGGUCCUACUUCGAACGCUCUUUCAAACUUGCAGAGCAGCCGAUGCGUUAUACUUGGAAGCAAUCCCAAGACGUGUGCUGGGUCAAUUGGGCCAAAAGCGGAGUCGACUUGCGAAAAACCAUCCAUCGUGAUCGCCAGUGUCCGAUCGACUGGUCGGAUGCGGGCCUCCCCAAUUCCCUCAAUGAAGGAGCCUACGUAUACGACAAGCACCAUAAAAAGCAUCCACCGCUCCGAAGCAAGUAUAUACUUCUGCUAGUUUGUACCAGACGUUGAGAAAUAGAUCAUGAUACAGCUAGUACAAAGAAAAUCUUGCUUCUAAGUCCACCCUGGAGCAUCUGUGUCACAUGAUUCUUCGCUCGUUGUGUAGGUUGUCGAAUACAACGCGAAACUUAAACUACGCGCAAGUAAUUAAGAGCGUAACUACUACGACGCUAGUACAACUAGGAUAACGUAAUAGUAAUAGAUUUAGAUCCCAUAAUCACAUGGAUGUCAUGGUAUGAUUCCAACAAAACACCUCUACAGGAGUGAACGCGACGCUUAUUGGACAUUGCGUUUUGCUGUGCCUAAUACGAUUUCGCAAUUGGAGCGUGAUAGCAAAGUACGAGGACGCUUCUUCGAGGCUGUGGAUUGGUCCACGCGUGGCCUGCCGAAGGAGCUUAAAGCACCGAAGCAGUCCAAUUCGGAACAAGUCCUUGAUUGGUCUGCAGAGGGAGCCAUGCCCUGGAAACACUUGGAAGAGUUCAUUGUGCCUUGCGAUUGGAGCAAGACUGGUACUACUAUCUUGCUUACGAUCAUCUAAAACGAAUUCUACGAUGAAUGUACACUCUCAGGCACUGUCUUCCAUCUUUCUCUUGGCGUGUCUUAAUAUCGUGUCGGGUACUUUCUCCGUGAUCCUCGUAUGCAGGCUAGUAUUUAGAUAUUGGUUUCGUGACUGAUUCGCUUAGGUCUUCCGGAUCCGGUGAACUUGAGUAAACGCGAUUUCUGGACUCGUGCGGAUUUCACAAUGGAUUGGUCUAAACGUGGUUUGCCUUGGCAGUUUCACCGUGCUACUGCUAUGGCUUGCGUCGGUUGCGAUAAGAAUGAUGUCGCCUCAGUGGAUUGGGCUCGCAAGGGCCUUCCUGUGCGUUCGUCCCCUUGGGACACGUUGACUCUUGAUUGGUCGUGCCGCGGUCUGCCGCGCGGUGGUCGCGCAUACGAGGGCUCGAGCUGGAAAGUCUGCCUCGACUGGUCGGUCGACGGAUUGCCCACAUUGCUGCACGACAUCGAGUUCUUCGAAGGAGAUGGCGUGCAGCUGGCGGCCCGCAACAAGGGAGCCUUGUCUGCUUUCUCGGCGAAUUUUCAAAAGCAGAACGCUCGCAACAGUGGCGACUUUGCUUUCCUCGGAAAUUACGCUGGACACGACGCCCAGCACCAAAAGAAGGAAUUCGAUUUCAAACGCGCGAACCAUCCAGUGGACUCGCCGUGGAACCGCACCAAGGACGAGAUCCGCGGUGUGAAGUCUGCCCAUCGGACGAUCCACACGAAGCGCACGCGCCGCAAUCUUUUCCGCAUCUUGCGCCGCGAGCUGGCUUGUGGAGCGCAUCUCGCACGGUCCCGCCGCGACAAGGGUGCCACAGCGCGCCGCCACGACGCGCGCUACGCCAAGGAACUCGAGCAAAAUCGGUUUGACGAAGGUACGCCGUUGGAUCAGCUGGAACUUGAAGAGCAGGAACUGCGAAUCAUCGAGAAGGCUGGAGACGGGUAUUUUGCCUCCACUGGAAAACCAGCUCAGAGGAAAAGGAAGAUGUUCUCGAAUCGCGGUCGCGGAUAUCUCUUCCCUCUUGACAGUCAGGGCCGACCGCGUCUGGGCAUCGACACGGCAGAGCGUUCUCUGCGACAUCGCACGCGAUCACAAGAAGACGUCGAAAAGGAGGAAGCUGUUUAUCGUCGUCGCUCGCCCGCUUCUACGCCAAAAGCGGAUCAGGCUGGCCGCUCGCGCUUGCGCAUGCACAUUACGGACCGACGCGACCGCACCAGGGCGGCGGCAAAAGCUUCUACCAGCAUCAUUAAGGCUCCGUUGUCACAGCGUCAGUGGUUGCAGCGCCGCAGUUCAGACCUGAAGAGGAAAGAAGACAAAGUGCUGGAAAAACUGUCUCGUCGCAACAUGGCUCGCGAAUUGUUGAAAGCCGAGAAGCUCAGCCUGCGACGCGGCCGGGGUCGCGUGCAUCCUGUCUUUGGAAACCCGCUCUUCGUGAACGACCAAGAGCAAGGCAGCAAAGCGAAUGUCACACAAGUGUGGCAUAUCCGCAGAGAUGGGCGUGCGCCUUACGAUAUUUCGUUGGGAAAGGAAUUCCGCGAUGGCUUGCGCUCGCGCAACCUUGAUAUCCGAGCUGAGUUCCAGCUUCGUCCCACACGACAACCGCCCAGUGUGGAUAAGAUGCUAGGAGAAUGCAGUUACCUCUUGGAUACACUUGCGCGACAGCAUUUGGGUAAGAACAAGAAGAACAGAGACUUGUCUCCGGAUCAGCAGGGUUCGCGAAAAGCGAGCAAGACUCGCUCGGCCCGGUCCAAUAGCAGCGAUGACUGCUUCGUUCAGAAACUGAGUCCUCAGAUUUUGCGAAAGUUGAAGCCGUAUGGCCGCGAAGAUGAGCUCGAUGUUUACCACCUCCGUCGCAACGGGCGCGCACCGUUCUCGGUCACACGUGGAAACGAGUUCUACAAGUGUAGCAGCAGUGCGGCUGGCCGCAACAGGAAAGAGAAUUUGCUGUCGGUAGACGAAAUGCUUGACGUGUGCUCGUACUUGUCGCACUUCCCGGAACCACAUCACGCCACGUCGUCUCCUUCUGCUAAGGGUGGAAACGCUGCUCCCAUUGCAGUGGAGUUCACGCAGGAGAAUCUUCUGGCACUGUGCGCGAAGCGUUACCCUGCUGGACGGCGCUCCAUGGCUUCCGGCCGUUACAACAAUGCUAGCACCAGCAAUGCGGCACGCAGCAGCCAGUACCUGGAUAGUAGCAUUGGCGUCGCCGAGAGUUCGGAUACACGUCAAAUGAAGAAUAGUUCUAUCAGGGCCACGCGGACCAGCGAUCCGCCUACGGCGGACGAGAUCCUCAGUCUAUGUGCCGAGAUUUACUUCCGCGGAAGCUCGAUGAAGACCGACGAGCGCCAAAAACGCCCAGUCCCGACUGCAGAUGAGCUUCUGGCGAUUUGCGCGGAGUUGUAUCCCCCGAGGGAGCGGGGACAGUCGACGGUUAGUAUUCCUGCUGAUGACUACAGCGUGCAACAGGGUCGUCCGACAAGGAGUGUCUACUUUGAGGAAGUUACGAAACGCGUCAACCGCGAAGGCAAGCCGCCGACUGUUGAUGAGCUCUUGAAGCUCUGCCAAGAGCUGUAUCCGUCUUCGCAGCGCAGCACCAUGCUUCAAUCCGUUGUUGAACGAGAGUCGGACGUGAGCAGUGGCUUGAACAGGGAAUCUUCGAAUACCAUGGUUCGUUCCUUCAACAAUGACGGUGGGGCUUAUAUCAAUAACGAGCAAAUGUUGAACAAAGCCAAUGAUGAAGAUUUUGCGGAACGCGACAGAGAUAACAAUGGGUCCUACUAUUUCUCCGCUCGCAAAUCGACCGCCACCGAGGCGCGAGCAUCGACCAGGAAGACAACGACGUCUCAGAGCUUGUUCGUUCCCUUCGAUCCCGCGGACCAGAGGCGCAGCCAGGCUGCAGCUGCUCAAGCUGCCUACAACAAGGGUCCACUAAAGGUGGGUCCGCAGGAAUUCAUGGCAGCGGCUCCGCUCGUCACAACUGGAUUGCAGGAGUCAGAGCUGGCGCUGCUUUCGAACUACUGUCGCCGAGCAGGCUCCAUUGCGUCGCGAGAAGAAACUACGAAUGCUAGAGGACCAGUGAGCGAUUUGUAGAAGCAUUUGCAUUUCUAGAACCUUUAUCAUCUGGUUUUUUCAUUUGUAAAAGGAUUUUGAUGAAGAAAGAUUAUUGCCUCGAAAGAAAAGGUCACUAUUUAGUAUAGGAGCCAAUGGAGAAACCAUGCUUAUCUGAUGAUCCUUGUCGACACAGCAUCAAAAGUUUAUGAACAUUUCAACAUGGAUAGAAGUUAGAUGUUCCGCAAAAUGAGAGUCACGUGUGAGUCGACACAAUUUUGUCUACUUCCACAAACAUAUCUGAAAAGCAUGAAAAGUUUGAACAGGUUUUUCGAUCAUAAGAAUGUCAGGCGAUAAAGAUCAUGUUGUAUGCGGGAAAAUGGACGGUCGAUUGGAGACAUGGGAUCGAGUCACACAGCGUCUUUUUUCAUACAAGUUGUAUCUAUAUGGUAUACAUAUUUUUUACACAGCAGGGAAAGAUUAUUUGAUUAGGUAAAAACAUCGGCAUGACACUAUUGGGGGGAUAGAUUUAUGGGGAAUAGAUUUAUUCAUACUGAUGAUUUGUUUCACUCUUAAAUUGUGUGAGUGUAUGAUAGGUUCAAACGAUUCAUUUAGGACAGACUCAGCACCGUUGUCAACAUAGGAAUGUGUUCCCAGAACAGUUCAGGGCAUAGUAAGACAUCGAUGUUGUUCCAUCGAUUUUUAAUCUUGCUUACUACAGUCAUUCUUUUUUCGGUUGGUGUAUACAAUUGGUAAUAUUCAAGGGAUGAGGACAUUAUACUAGCUUUGGCUACAGCACUCUUUCCAUGUUUAUUUGUGGUUUUGGGUGGAACAACUUUUUUACAUGGAUAAAGACAAACACACGGGACGACAUACUACGUAAGUAUUGAUGGGAUAUUCUCCGAUUGUUGCGUCAGGUGAAGUCGUCCAACAGGACAAGGGGGUUCCGAUAAGUUAUGAACAAAAUUUGCAAAAUUAUCUUCUAUCAAUUUGUCAUUGACAACACAUUUUCAGAAGUUGCGCAUCUAGAAUCAUGUUGGGUGUCUCUUCUGUGGGGCCACAACUACGGGAUAUGAUAUUUGGCAUUGUGGAGCGCAUUCAAGGCUGUGGAUCGAACGCAGUGCCUUCCCAGUGGCGAUCUUAAGUAGUCGAAAGCAAGUGAUGUGCCUGUCAGUAUUGAAGGCAUCUAGAAGUCGUUUUUUGAGGUUGUAUGUAAAAUCAUGUACUUUCAGAAUCAAUGUGAUAU